AUCAAGAAGAGGACGUCGAAGAAGCACGGGAGACGCAGACGGUGGUAGGCAGAGAGAGCGACGGCUCCGAGCCGGCACGAACGAGGUGAGAUGCGCCCUUAUCGCUCUCGAUCGUCCGCACAAUUACCAUCGGGGUGCCCCAUCACUCCUCAGCCUCGUCAGCCGGGCCGCGACCUCGACGGCUAGCAACGAUAGCGAUUCAGGAUCGGAGAACGCUCGCUCCACCGGCAGGACCGAGCGACACCGAAUAUCAACGGGAGGAUAAAAUUCGAGAAUGGGAGGUGGAGAAUGGAGCAGUUGGUUGCAACGAUGCCGACAAUCUCGAAAGCUCGUUCUCGUCAUCGUCGCCAUCGCGCUGCUCUUGGAUAAUAUGUUGCUAACAACUGUAGUUCCAAUAAUACCGGAAUUUCUCUAUGACAUCAAACAUCCCAAUGCAACAUUAAGCGAACAUCUGGAAGGAAGCGGUUCUCGUCAAACUACUUCUACCACCGUGUCACCGACAACAACAACAACAACGAUAAAAACAACAACGCCAAAAUGUCCUUGUGCUCCAAAUAUAUCGGCUUUCCCUCAAUUGGAAUUUCUACACGUUGCUACCCCUUCUAUGGAUAUAUCGGAAGUUGCUGUAGCCAAUCUUACAUCGCCGGAAAUGAAGGAAAAGGAACAAAGACAUCGAGAAUUACUAGAAGAGACCGUGGCAGUGGGAAUGAUGUUCGCUUCUAAAGCUUUUGUUCAAUUGUUAGCUAAUCCCAUAGUCGGGCCAUUAACUCACAAAAUCGGAUACAGCAUACCUAUGUUUACCGGAUUUAUUAUCAUGUUCCUAUCCACGUUGAUUUUUGCUUUCGGACGGAGCUAUGGCAUACUUUUUCUAGCGCGAGCUCUUCAGGGUAUCGGUUCGUCAUGUUCCAGCGUUUCCGGUAUGGGUAUGUUAGCGGAGAGGUAUCAGGACGAUAAAGAACGUGGUAACGCAAUGGGUAUCGCAUUGGGUGGACUUGCUCUCGGCGUCCUUAUCGGCCCCCCCUUUGGCGGAGUAAUGUACGAAUUUGUUGGCAAAUCUGCCCCAUUCUUAGUACUUUCCGCGUUAGCCCUUGGUGAUGGACUGUUACAGCUUUUGAUGCUUCAACCAUCUGUCGUGUACACAGAAACGAAACCACCAUCGUUAAAGUCUCUCGUCACUGAUCCUUAUAUUAUUUUGGCAGCUGGCGCAAUAACAUUCGCAAAUAUGGGCAUCGCUAUGUUGGAACCGAGUCUACCAAUCUGGAUGAUGGACACGAUGGGCGCGAGUCGUUGGAAACAGGGAGCCACGUUUUUACCAGCGAGCAUUAGUUACUUGAUCGGAACGAAUCUUUUCGGCCCGCUUGGGCAUAAAAUGGGCAGGUGGUUAGCCUCUCUGAUAGGACUAGUUGUUAUUGGUAUUUGUUUGAUGUGUAUUCCGUUGGCGAGGAGUAUCAAUCAUCUGAUCGUACCGAAUGCGGGUCUGGGAUUCGCAAUUGGCAUGGUGGAUAGCUCAAUGAUGCCUCAGCUGGGAUAUCUGGUGGACAUAAGGCACACCGCUGUUUAUGGAAGCGUUUACGCUAUUGGAGACGUGGCAUUUUGUUUAGGCUUUGCUAUAGGUCCCGCAUUGAGUGGAACUUUGGUCAACACUAUUGGUUUCGAGUGGAUGCUUUUUGGUAUAGCCAUGUUAAAUUUCAUGUACGCGCCCCUUAUGUAUUUCCUAAGGGCGCCGCCAAACAAAGAAGAAAAAGAGUCGUUGAUAAUUGGCGAAAAAUCGUCUGUGCGAUAUGUCACCUAUCAGAACGAGGAAGAGGACCAAUAAAACAGUGAUUCUAAAUGUUUUCAACAUGAUCAGUUAUUUUAUUUUCGGAAUGAGUAAGUUUUCUCUUCU